UCCUCUACACUGUCUCCCUUUUGAUACUUCCAUCUACUGUAAGUAUGUACCUAGUCCCUUAGACUAGGUACUGCAUCUCGGAUGUCCACGGCAAACACCAAUCAACACACCCUAAUCCUCUCUGCCCAGUUGUCUCGUCUGACAUUCUUCUUUUGCUUUUCUCUCUCUUCCCCGCCGUUACCCUCCUUUACCUUUUACCUUUUACCUUCUUCCUUUCUCCCCUUUCCCCUUUCCCUUUUCCCUCUGAUCUUCCCCCUCCGGUUCUCUUCCUUCUCUUUCAUAUUCUCCUCGCUUUCCCUUCAUUUCUUCUCUUCCUUCCCAUUGUUGGUCUCGUCUUGCAUCCUUCUAUCUCUUCUCUCUCAAGUCUGGUUCUGUGGCUGACCGUCUCCGUCAUCCAGCCGACGUCUAUCGUCCGUAUCCAAUGAAUUUCAUUAUAUGUAUCAUCAUAUAAUCAUCUUCAUUUGUAUAUUUUAUCAUUCGAUUUAUAUCCUCAAUC